GUUUGACGUGCUCUAUGCAAAUGCGGAAAGCGCGUGUUGGGGCUUUUAAAGUUGUUAACAUUAAAUCUGCAAGUCAUAAAAAGCAGCCUGAAGACUGCCAGAAAAACGUCGCAUAGUAAUAAUAAAUAUCCUGCUGUCAUAGGCAAAAGCCGAAAAAAAAACUCGUGCGAAAUUUGCGCUGCUUUGAACUUUCGACGCGACGCGCUUUUGUGACGCUGACUGCGCUGCUAGGCUUGCCUUCUAAUUGGAAUUGCAUUGAUUGCAUAGCAGCGUCGCCGACGUUGACGUUGACGUCGACGUCAAACGGUUAACGCUUGCUGCUCGCCGGUUUGCAAACAAAAAGUGUGACCAAAGUGCGUUGAAUUUCAAUUUGAAAAGUGAUUUUCUGCUUUCCCCGUGUUCUGUUUUUAGCCGAUCAUCUUUGGCGGUAUUUUUAAUUGAAUUUCAUUAAACACACUCAAGCGAAAACCCCACGAGAUUUAUAUGUGUGUGCGUAUCUAUGUGUGUGUGUGUGAGCCUGUGCAUAAUGUGACCAGCUAAAAGUACAAUAAAUUAAGGAUAAAUCCAAGCAGGUGCAACCAUAUAUUAAAUAAAUAAAUAAAAACAAUUUAUUUGUUUGACGAUGAAAAUUGUCUGCAUUUAACGGAAAAAAGAACUAUGCCAUAGAUUCCUAGCAGACACCUGGCUAAGCAAGUGAACAAGGACAAGAACUCUGUCAGCAAUGACGUCCAAUAACUGGUGAUAUUGCAUCACACUCACCUCAAAUCAACCAUAAGUAACUCAACAGCAGGAACAACAACAACAGCAACAAGGAGACAGAGGAGGCCGUUGAGGUCCACAUUAACGACCAACAAAAUGGAAACCGACACACACAGCAACAACAACAACAACAGCAGCAACACAACAAACUCACACACAAAGUGGCGACAGGACAGCAAACCUCCUUCCCUGGCACCGGGGCCGACAGCGUUGUCCUGGUUGCUGGUGCACCUUCUCCCGCUACUACUGCUGCUGCUGCUGCUACCUGGCCGCACAGAUGCCUUCUGCCCCUCGAAGUGCCAAUGCCUGGGCGGCGAUGCGAAUAGUCGCGCCCUGUGCGUGGAUGCGGCGUUGGAGGAUGUGCCCAUUCAGCUGAAUCCGGAAACAAAGUACAUAAACCUCACGCUGAAUCGCAUACGCAAUCUGGAGUUUACGCUGCCCUUCUACAUGAAGUUGGAGGUGCUGGAUCUCUCGCAAAACAUCAUCGAAACGCUGGGCUCCAAGAACUUUGAAUACCAGACGGAGCUGCGCACCCUGAACCUGAGCAGGAAUCUGGUCAGCGCCCUGCACAAGCACGCCUUCAAGGGACUAACGAAUCUACUGCUUCUCGAUCUUAGCUACAAUCGCAUUGAGACAGUGCAUCCCACGGCGCUGGGCGAUUUGGCGGCGCUGGUGGAACUGGACUUGACCAACAACAAUAUUGUCAGCCUCGAGGACAACUGUUUCAAGGGCAUGUUGUCGCUGGAGGUGCUCGUCUUUCGCAACAAUCGCCUGCUGGAUGUGCCCGCCAACAAUUUGUGGCAUUUGCAUGCGCUCAAGAGCCUGGACAUGUCCGAUAAUCUUGUCGAGUUCGUGCGAAACGAUAGCUUUGAAGGCCUCAAAGAGCUGCUGGCCCUAAGCGUGCGCGGCAACGUGAUGAGCGAGCUGGAUGUGGGCGCCUUUGAGGGACUCAUCUCGCUGAAGCACUUGGAUCUAUCGGAUAACAAUUUGACGAUGGUACCCACGCAGCAGCUCUCGAAACUUUCAAAUCUCACUUAUUUGAACUUGGGCGGCAAUCGCUUUGCAUACUUGCCCGCCGUCGCAUUUUUAAACUUGUUUCAUUUGCGCGAAUUGCACUUGAGCCGCCUGGACUAUUUGCAGCGCAUCGAUUCGAGAGCCUUCGUGGACAACACGCAUCUGCAGACGCUCCACCUGAACUUCAAUCCGCAACUGAGCGACAUACCCAUGCGCCUGUUCCAGGGCAAUCCCAACAUACUGGAGGUGUACAUGCAGAGCAACAGCCUGCAGACACUCUACUCGGCCCAGUUUCCGGUGGACCAGCUGCAGAAGCUAUACCUAGGCGACAAUCCGCUGCAGUGCAACUGCUCGCUGCUCUGGCUGUGGCGCCUCGUCACUGGCAACUUUGAGGGCUCUGAUCCGCCGCUGGAGCAUGCGCCAGGCGGAGCCGUGGCCGCGCUGGCCAAGGAGGCAUCGCUCGUCAGAGAGGAGGACGACACGACGCUCAAAUCGGAUGACGGUGUAUCUGCCCUGGCGGCCUACAUAGCCGAGCAGCACAUUGCGAAUGCGCUGCAAACCACCGAGCCGAGUGCGUACGAACAACGUCUGGAGGCUGCCGCUAGCUCCAGCUCGAGCAGCAGCUCGGGCUAUCUGCGCAUGGAUAAGCAGCAGAUCGGCUGCGACAUCUGGCGGGACGCAGUCCGCACUCGCCGUCAGCUGCUGACAAUGAGCGAGGGCGAAAUCACCUGUCCGGCGCACAUUGUGACCGUGGUGUGUGCGGUGAUCACCAGCCUCCUGGUGCUCAUGAUCGGCGUCAGUGUGCUUUACUAUCUGCGCUUCGUGAAGCGCCGGCGCAAGCUGCUGCACGAGCGCGGCCCGCUGCGGACCAGCAAGAGCAUCAUCAAUGUGCACGACCGCAUACUGCAGGGUCAUCAUCAGCCGCUGGGCGGCGGAGCGGGCAUGAGCAUGACGCUGGGCGGCUCCGGUGCUGGCGGCUUGGGCAUGGCGCUGAACUAUCCGCAUCAUGCCCAAACGCUGCAGGCGCAUCAUCACUACCAUCAGGCGAUGCCGCUGCAGGCGCAUGGCGGGGGUGGGCAUCACGAGUAUCAGCAGACGACGCUGCCCCAGCUGGACAAGCUGGAGCUGGAGCGCUAUCUGGCGGCACAGACCAUUGCCAACGAGUACCGAGCGCUCAAGCCCUGGGAGCUGCCCGUCAAGGAGGCAGACGAUGAGCCGGAGCAUCUGUACGAGCGCUUCGAUCACUACGAGUACCCGGAUACACACACCAUGACCAAGCUGAAGCAGGCGGCCGCGCUUCAAGGCAGCGCUGCUUCGGCAGUUGCAUCCGCCGCUGGCGCUGGCGCUGGCACCAAGCCACAUGUGGUCUACGUAUGACGUGGACGUGGCGGUGCUGGCGUUCAGAGGCAACAGAAGCAGCUGGACUUGGGCAUGGAACUGGUGGGCCUAGGUCUGACCAACAACAACUAUCGCAGCUAUGCGCAGUGCCAGACCAAGGACAGCGACCACUUUUGAAAACAGGGAAAUUCGCAGCGGAUACGUGUGUGCACCACUCAAAAAUGAGUUUAGGUUUUUUGUUUAAUUAAGAUUAUGUUUAGAUGUCCUUAAUUUUUGAGUUUAGGUUCGAGUUUGAGUUGAAAACGUGAAUUUGAUAACUCGCAACAAAGUUUAACAAGCGUCAAAUGAAACAAGGGAUAUAUCUACGUGUAUAGCAGCAUACUAUAUUAUUAUUAGCAUUUAAAUAUAUAAUAUAUAUAUAUAUAUAUAUAUAUAUAUAUUGAAUAACUAAACCUAACAGAUAUGUCAUAUUAAGUACUAAGCUAACAUACAAAUUCAAAGAAAUAUUAAUUAGCGAUAGUUGAAAUUCUCUCUAUUUCUCACUCUCCCACAGCGAAAGUAAAGCUAAGCAAGAAAUCUCCACAAGGAGAAGCCCACUCAUAGUUAAAGGCAUUCAGCAUUCUAAUGAUAAAUAGAAUAUAGUUGUUAGGCGCAUUAAACAGAAUUUAAUAAACAUAACUAGAGAGCGUAAGGAACGACAAUUGCAUUGCAAAGAGCGUGAAGAGUGCAACAAAUAACUUAGUUAACUAUUUAUUCUUAAUUCGUAUUUCAUUUGUUGUACACUUUUGAUACAACCACAAUGUAUAUUCGAAAUUUUUGAUACAAACUCUUAAGUUUCGAUUUAGGUUCUUAGCUUGACCAAGCAUUAGUUGUGCUAGUAACUAAAUAGAAUGUAUUUCAAUAUUGGCAACUGCUGCAAAACGGGGACCAAAAACAGUCCAUUUUUCAAUAUUCCGAUCCAGAAACAAAGCGCACACGAAUAUUAUGCCUGAGAAAUGCCAGACGAAGUUUAGUUACAUGCAGCAGCUAAUGUCGCACUCAAUUCUAGCAGAUUAUUUUCGAAAUUAAAUGAAUAUAUAUAUUACAAAAAUAAACACAAAUAAGAUGACAAUAUAUAAAAAGUGUAAACUUAAGCAAAAUUCAAUUUAAUAUAUUUUAUUUUUCGGAGUUGCGCUGUGCAGCGCUCAAACUCAAAGUUGGCCUAAUACAUAAUCAAAAUUGAUUUGUAAAUAAAUAUAAACAUAAACAAAAAAAUAAAGUAAAUCUCGACUCAAGCACAAACUAA